AAAGGAGGGCCCUGACAUCACUUGCGCUCUCCGUCGGCGGCAGCUGCGCUUUGUGAAUCGGGCUUUGUGCAGGCGGCGAAGGGGGAGGGGAGGCGAGGCGAGGCGAGGCGAGGGGCAGCUGCUCCGCCAGGCAGACAAAGGCCAAGCCGAGCGGGAGCCGCAGCGGGCGAGGAGGAGGAAGAGGAGGCCGCCACUGGUCCGGCGCCGGCUUCGACAGGCUCCUUUGCGCGCGGCUCGCCAGCCCCAGCCCCUCGCCAUGACGGCCAACGGGACUUCGGAGUCGCUCCAGAUCCAGUUCGGCCUCAUCAACUGCGGCAACAAAUACCUGACGGCGGAGGCGUUCGGCUUCAAGCUCAACGCCUCGGCGCCCAGCCUGAAGAAGAAGCAGAUCUGGACGCUGGAGCAGAACGGCGACGACUCCAGCGCCGUGCUGCUCCGCAGCCACCUGGGCCGCUACCUGGCGGCCGACAAGGACGGCAACGUGACCUGCGACAGCGAGGCCCCGACGGCCGACUGCCGCUUCCUGAUCCUGGCGCACGACGACGGGCGCUGGUCGCUGCAGUCGGAGGCGCACAAGCGCUACUUCGGCGGCACCGAGGACCGCCUCUCGUGCUUCGCCCAGAGCAUCUCGGCGGCGGAGAAGUGGAGCGUCCACAUCGCCAUGCACCCCCAGGUGAACAUCUUCAGCCUGACCAGGAAGCGCUACGCCCACCUGGCCGCCGCCCAGGAGGAGAUCGCCGUCAACCGCGACGUGCCCUGGGGGGUGGACUCGCUCGUCACCCUCGUGUUCCAGGACCAGCGCUACAGCCUCCAGACGUGCGACCACCGCUUCUUGCGCCACGACGGCAAGCUGGUGGGCCGGCCCGAGCCCGGCACCGGCUACACGCUGGAGUUCCGCGCCGGCAAGGUGGCCUUCCGGGACUGCGAGGGCAAGUACCUGGCCCCCUCCGGCCCCAGCGGCACCCUCAAGGCCGGCAAGAGCGCCAAGGUGGGCAAGGACGAACUCUUCGUCCUGGAGCAGAGCAGCCCGCAGGUCCUGCUCCGCGCCGGCAACGAGAGGAACGUCUCCACCCGGCAAGGUAUGGACCUUUCGGCCAAUCAGGAUGAGGAGAGCGAUCAAGAAACCUUCCAACUGGAAAUCAACAAAGAUACCAAGAAAUGCACCUUCAGAACCUAUACUGGGAAGUACUGGACCCUUACCUCAAAUGGUGGGGUGCAGUCCACUGCCUCAACUAACAGGAAUGCCAACUGUUACUUUGAUAUUGAGUGGUGCGACCGGCGCAUUACCUUGAAAGCGGCAAAUGGGAAAUACGUUACAGCGAAGAAGAAUGGGCAGCUCGCUGCGACUGUGGAAACUGCCAGUGAGACGGAGCACUUCCUCAUGAAGCUGAUCAACCGUCCGAUUAUUGUCCUUCGUGGAGAGCACGGCUUCAUUGGCUGCCGCAAGGUGACCGGCACUCUGGAUUCCAAUCGCUCCUCUUAUGAUGUCUUUCAGCUGGAGUUCAAUGAUGGAGCCUACAGUAUCAAAGAUUCCACUGGCAAAUACUGGAUGGUUGGCAAUGAGUCAUCUGUCACCAGCAGCAGCAACACGCCAGUGGACUUCUUCUUUGAGUUCUGCGACUACAACAAGGUGGCCAUCAAAGUCAACGGCAAAUACCUGAAGGGCGACCACGCCGGCGUCCUCAAAGCAUCUGCUGACACCAUUGACCCCUCCACCCUCUGGGAGUAUUAAAUGCACUUUAGCUGCCCCCUCCUCUUUCCCUCUCUGCUCUUUCUGACCCCCCACCCACUUGUAGUUGCUGACUUUUGUUUUUUCCUCUUCCAGUGUGACUCUUCUUUACGAGAGCUUGUCUUUCUGACUGGCCUGCUGCUUAUCUCCUGCCAUAGAAUUUUUAGGUUGAUCUCUUCCCUUUGCCAUGGUGUGUGUGUGCAUGGGGAGUCUCUUUAAAACUGGAAAAUGUGAUUAAUCUACAGAAAAUUGUGCACUCGGUCUGCAUAGACAUGGUGGUGAGUGGGAAUCUUUGUAAAAGGUUGGGCUAUCAAACCUGGCCUUAUCUCUACAGGCCUCUGAAUUUAAAAGGGAAUAAAUCCCACCAUGCCAUCCCAAAGUAAAUUGGCCCCCUCUAUUGGCAUGUCCUCCGUGCUGGGAUUGGGGGAGAUGCUGACAGAGCCAACUAGCACUGAACCUUUGGGAAAGUUUUCUCAGGGUCCACUUAUUUGGCCCAAUGCAGGCCAUGUGGAUCCUCCUGGGUCAACUGGAUUUCUCAACUUGAGGUAGCCUUUUGUAGUAGGUUAGGGUUCCCUUCCUUGGCUUUUUAGUUAAAUGUCUCAUUUCUCUUGCCUAAGGCAAAGACAUCGCCUGGCGAAGUGGGGGGUGAUGGUGGUGGGUCAGUUAAGAGACCAACAUGGGCCAGCAAAUAAGUAAAGUAACAGGGACUAGAAGCUUUGUCCACAGAAACAUGAGCUGCUUCUUGGUGGACCAGAGCUGUGCAGAAGCUGUAUGUCCUUCAUCUCCUAGGGGGCUGAGCUUGUUGAAUAGCCCGUCCUGCUCUGCUGAAAAGUGCCCAAGCAGCAUCUCUGAGCUUCUUUCUAAAAGGCCUGAACAACUGCACUGACAGAGCAGUUGAUGCCGCCUUACUGUUUCUCCCCCACAUCCCUCUGGAAGCUGCAAGUUGUUAGAACUCAUUUUCUCUUUUAUAUUAUUGUAUUUGAUAUCUUAAAAUAUUAGAGGGAUCAGGGCUGCCUGAAAUUGUUGCUCAUCAGUGCUGGUAUCUCACAGAUGUCAAGCUGCACAUCCUAACUGUGCCAGUUCCUUUCCCCUGAUUGGGGAGGGGGGACUUUAGCACCCCCUUUUCUUUCCCUCCGGUGUGUGCCUCCAGGGAAGCAUCUCUCCUCCACUGGCCACUGCCUCCUGCAAGCAGGGGGGUCUGCAGGUCAGUCCUGCUGUUGCGUCGCACCUGCUCUUGCCACACCACGGAGCAAGGUCAGCAGAUGCCAUUGCUUCCCUCUUCCUCGGUGCCCUCUCCUUUUUCUGGCUUUGCUUGGGAGUUUGUGCCUCCAAGGACAGCCAUAUCUUGCUUGUGUGAGUGCAGAAGCCAGGAUUCGUGUUGAGGCGGGGAAGGAGCAUGGAAAGGUGGUGGAAGCGGCUGAGUGGGGGGAGACGGCUGCUUCACAUGUACAUUCAGACAGGGAGCUUCUUCCCUUUCAGGUCACUUCCUGGACCGAGCAGUGGGAAGCAAGUUGUGAGGCUCAGUUUCCAGAAUAGGAAGCUUUUCAAAAUUAGCAACCUUUGCACAGUGGCUGUAUGUUCAGUACAUUUUUUCGUUCUGUUUCAUUAGGAUUUCUGCCUCCCCCCCCCCCCCCCCGCUUAAGCCCUGCUCAUCCAACUGUUUUGAGAGUUGAGGCGUCUGGCUUGACCGGCUGCCUCUCCCUGGCCCAUGUGUGCCACUGGUGUGGCUUCUAGAGGGCCUUGCCAAGGCUGUUGUUCAGCCCUUCUUGGCCCAGGCAGUUGCCAAGCUCUGCUUCUGGAGUUCCUGGAAACAAGAAAAGUGACCAAGCAGUGUUCCUCUCUGUUUAUAUGAGCUCUCCACAGAGCCACCCUCAACAGUCUGCAAUAGAUCUGCAGCACUGUAUAACCCAUGUGAGCAUUUGUAACGUGUUGCUUAACUGUUCAGGAAAAGUCUUGCCUGUGCGUACACCCUGUGGGGUUUUUUCUUGUUUGAUGUCUUCUUGGGGGUUCUCUCUGUUCCCUUUACUCCCCAGAUGUUGCAGAUUACACCCCACCAUCACCAACAUAAUUUGCUCAAGCUGGCUGGGGCUGAUGAGACUUGUGGUGGUCUAAAACAUCUGGAGGGCACCAGUUGGGGCUCUUCCCUGGGCAAUCUCUUGCCAAAUCUCAUGUCCUGAUUUCUCAUGCGAUGCAGAGAGACUCCAGGUAAAAGGUGCUCUUUGAUCUUUUUGAUGGAAUCCACCAAACCAUCAGUCCCAGGCCUCUUCUACACACAGGACCCUGCUUGUGUCAUCAUGGUGCCCAAAUGCAAAAGUGCCAGCCCUUCUGUUGCUCAGAGCAGGGUGGAAGGAAGCUAUUACAAGCCUUAAACACACACUCUCACACACACACUUUGCCAUCUUCAGGGGUCCUCUUCUCCAUCGAUACUCGGUGCUAAAUUCUAAAAAAAACUGGAAUUAUUUGCCUUAUGAGUCAGGGAAGGGUUGUUCUGGGACUUCAUAGGAGCCUUAACGUGAAUUUAUUGGAACAUUUUGGGAGUGGUAAAGUCUAGAGUAGUUCGUGUGAAAGACACACAACUUUGGGAACAGAGAUGACUGCCAGCAGGGCCAAGUGUGUGGCCCCAAUCCUGUGCCAUGUCCCGGCCUUCCUAUUUCAUCCUGCCCCCUCCCCAAAUUUCUUCUCUCCCAGAUGACUGCUUGAAACAUGUAACCCCACUGGCUUCUCUCAUGUAACAAUUUUUAAGAACAAUUCUCCUUGCCUUCUUCCUUGGCUGUUGUGGCUCUGAAAAACAUCUCAUGUUCUGGUAUAUUUUGUUUAAGUUUUUUUUCUUAAUUUUGUUUUGUAAGUGCCAUUUGUAUAACAAGCUUCAAAUGGAGAAGUGACGAAAUUAAAAACCUGCAUUCAGAUAAGAAAAAAA